AUAGCAAAAGAAAUAUAUAGUCUGGCGUUUCGCUUCAGCUUUCUACUCACAUUUGCUACUUAGAAUCCUCAGUUCACAAGCCAUUUUUGUCAAGUAUGAGUAGAAGCACGGUAGGUUAUUGGAAUAUCCGCGGGUUGGCUGAACCCAUUAGAUACCUUUUACAUUACAAAAAAGUAGAUUUUGAGGACAAACGUUAUGGUGAUUGGCAGAAGGAUAAAUUUCAAUUAAAUCUGGAUUUCCCUAACUUACCUUAUUACAUUGAUGAUAAGGUGAGGUUGACUCAGAGCACAGCUAUCUUAAGGUACUUAGCAAGAAAGUAUGGUCUAGAUGGCAAGACGGAAGAGCAAACGGUGCGUAUCGAGUUAGUUGAACAAGAGAUCUCCGAUUUUCGUACACGUUUUAUGGAAAUGUGCUACAAUCCAGAAUUUGAAAAGCUCAAGGAACAAUUUGUGAAUAGUGUUCCAGCUCAACUGAAGCUUUUUGCUGCAUUCCUUGGAGACAGAAAAUUCCUAGCUGGCGAUGAGGUUACUUAUGUUGAUUUCAUGGCGUACGAUACAUUCGACUUCUAUCGCUAUCUCAUUCCUGGAGUUUACGACGAUUUUCCUACUCUCAAAAGCUACCAAGACAGAAUAGCAGCUCUACCCGAGUUACAAGAAUAUUUCCAGUCUUCAACUUACAGACGAUGGCCGAUUUGGGGGCCUACAGCUUAUUUCGGACGAAAAGGACCAGAGCCAAAGAGAGUGUGACUUAAGUGUUUUGUUUCAGAGUGACUAUUAGAUCCGUGGAUCAAUAUUAAAUAAAUUUAUUUUAACAUUUGUAAAAGGAAUUUGAAGUCAGCUUCUCUUCAUGCGACUAUGAUAGUAAGCUUAACCGUAUGUAGAUAAGCUUAACGGUAUGUGUAAGUAUGAAAUGUGUGAAAUAAGUAUUUCUAUGAAAUAAGCUUAACAGUAUGUAGAAUUGUUGUAUCAAACUAUUUCUUUGAUAUGAGUGUCAUUAAAAACAUAACUAUAAAAAUUUAAGCACAUGCAUGAAUUUUUUGAUAAAUUUUGUUCGGACAAUUGUAUUAAUAUCUUUGUUUAUAAAUGUUAAAGAAACUUCUUUAGCACUUUGGUAAAAUUAAAAUGUAUUUUUAGAGUGAAUUUAACCAGGAAAAAUCUGAUCCGUGUUUUUUAUUUGUGUGGAAACCUUUUUAUACUUUCUAGUAGAAUUUUUACAUGGUGCAUAAUCGUGAACAUCUUCUCCGGCUUAUGAAAUAGUAUCGAAAUUGUGCUUUUUUUUUAUAAUUUUAUGUAUUUUCAUGAUCUUUCGUUUGAAUUUUUAAAAUUUUAUUAACCUAGCUGAGCUUAACUAAACUGAGUUUUAUUAAGAUUGCUAGCGGAAACUUCAUGAGCUUUUGAAAUUAACACCUUACAAUUUAAUUAUUAAUUCAUACUGCUGAUGUUUUGCUUUAGCUUUUCAAGCUUAACAGCAGUUUAGUUUCGUUUGAGAGUUAUGUUAAAAUUUAUUUCAGUAUGUAUCUUACCAUUUUUGCAGUCUCCAUUUCCAUGAAUUCAAAUUAUGAAAGCACUAUAUUGCCACCUUGAGUGAAAUUUCCUUCAUUCUCCUAAACUAGCUGCGUUUUAUUUUUUGUGUGAGCCACUACAAGAAUAAAGAAUUAAGGAUAAUAACCUUUCUUUAAGUAAUGUAAUAUCCUUUUCCAAAUAAAUAUGUAAAGUAUAGAAAAAA